AUGUCGAGUGGUCGACAUGUUAGACUUCCUGCUCUGCGAAUUCCUUCUGAACCUCCCAAAUUUAAGUUUCGGAAGCCAAAAGUUAUUGUGAAAGGUGCAGAGAAUAACGGCCCACCACCUUCAACAACAAGUUGCGAUAAGACUUUAAAUCAGGAGUCACAAGCUGAACCACCUAAAGAACAAGAGAUAAACCACCAAGGGUUACAUCUACCACCCAUACACAAAGAACCAGCAGACUCCAAGAUCCCGGGGCUAUACGGCGCGUAUUAUUCUCAGUGCAUCUGUGACAAAAAGUCGAAUGUCGACCCGCUGAACGAACUACCUCCAAAUAAACACGGUACUGUUGGUAAAGCAUCAGCAACUGGAAUAAUUGGAGGUAGUUUCGAGCAACCAGUGAAGUACAAACAUUUUGCUUACGGAAGUAAUGACUGGUUACACCUUCUUGUAACCGGUCAACUUCCCCCGGAAGUCCUCCAAGCAUUUAUGAGUAAAUUUUGCAGAGCGGGAACCACACUGAAAGCACACGGACCACAUGCUGAAAAAUAUUUUUAUUAUCAAGAAAGACGGAAACGAACGAAACAGCUUUGGGAGCCCAAAGAGAUGAAGCAACAGCAAGUUUACAGCCAAUUUGAUAGGCAACAACUGGAAGCCAGCUGUCGGCAAAGAAAGAAAAUGUCAGAAUUAUCAAAGAAAGCCGAAAUGAUGGUAAAACGUAAUGAAUCUGUUUUACUGAAGAAGGUAGAUAUGGUGGAUAGUCGUAUCAAAUCUUACCUUGAUAAAAUGGACAAGAAUUGUCCUAAAGUUAGUCCAGAUAUAAACACCAACGAAAACAUGAGAAGUUCUUCCUGUGAAAAUGAUUAUAUUUCAAAUAAUGGGGAUCAAAAAAUAAAAAAUGUCCCAAAGAAUCCCGAAAACAUUGCGGUGAACAUCCUACCCGUCAUCGCAUGGGCGAAAGCAGCUCUCAGUAACAUGCUUUCCGAAAAUUGUCUUUCUUCUGGGAGUUCUUCGCCUGGAAACGACAAGGUCGAUUAG